AUGUCAAGUUUAUUAUUAGAGACGAAUUAUUGGAGUACAAUUCUAAGUUUUCUUGUGGGACAACAUUUCACAAAUUCACACACAACAUGCAUUCUGUGGCAUUCCGAUUUUGAUUUCCACCUCGAAGACGUGGAACCAAUACCUGUAAUUAUUAUAAACUCAAAAAAAUGGUCUAAUUAUUCGGAUGGCUACGAUACUUACAAUUGGAAUCAAAAACGGCGAGAGUUCGAUACAAAUGGGAUAUCAUACAAUGAUUGGACACUGAGGUUGACGGUCGCCAUCGAACAUUCUCAUUGCGAGACUUUUAUAGCAUUCCAAGAACAGAUUCCGGAAUUCGCUGAAUUCUUUUACCACUCGAGCAUAUAUUCCAUUUGGCGUUCCCAGCGAAAUCGGUUUAUUUUCGUGGCCACCGAAAAACUUUUUUCGAAAAAACAAGAACAUUUUCUGAGCCAAUAUAUAUUUCACGAUCAACCACAUAUAUUUCUUGUUACAUCAACAUAUUUUAAUUCAAGCGUAGUUGAUAUUAGAAUUAACCGAUUUGUGGGCAAAAGAAACUUUGAAGUGAAUCCACCACCAGUAGAAUUCGAUUUAAUUCAGCGUUACGAUGCCAAACUCCAAGAGAUAACAUGGGAAAAUGGAAGAAAUAACGAUGUGUCUCAGAAACUGCGAAACCUUCAAGGACGUGAGAUAAUUAUUGGGAUUUUUGAUUACAAGCCUUUUAUGGUGAUGGAUCGAGAGAGAGAGCCAACAGUUUACGAUCGAGCCACGAAAAAGGCAGAUAUUUUUAUAGACGGCACCGAUGUUAAACUUAUGCUUAUAUUCUGCAAACUCCACAAUUGCACCGUACAAGUGGACACGUCCGAGCCUUCAGACUGGGGCUACAUAUACACAAAUGCUACAGGAAUAGGCCUAGUUGGAAUGAUUCUGGAUAGGCAAAACGAUUACGGAAUUGGCGGAAUGUAUUUAUGGUAUGAGGCAUAUCAGUUUAUGGAUAUAACUCACUUUUUGGGACGUUCUGGUGUCACCUGCCUGGUGCCCUCUCCACAUCGCCUUAUAAGCUGGACCCUCUUACUGCGUCCAUUCCAAACUGCCCUCUGGAUGGGCGUUAUGCUGUGUCUUUUGCUCGAGUGCCUGGCCCUUUGUAUAACUCGACGGUGGGAAUCCUCUUCGGUUCCUGGUUCUCACACCUGGUUCGGCAGUCUAAUAUUUGGGUGCAUUAGCACCCUUAAGCUUUUUGUUAAUCAGAGCACCAGCUAUGUGACCAGUUCCUAUUCCCUUAGAACCGUUUUGGUCGCUAGUUAUAUGAUUGACAUUAUCCUGACCACAGUUUACAGCGGAGGACUGGCUGCUAUUUUAACAUUGCCCACCAUGGAGGAAGCGGCAGAUUCCCGGCAAAGACUUUUCGAUCACAAACUAAUAUGGACUGGGACGUCACAAGUCUGGAUCACCACGAUUGACGAGGGCUCAGCUGACCCAGUCUUAUUGGGCUUAAUGGAGCACUAUCGCGUCUUCGAUGCCGAAAAGAUUUCGGACUUUUCGCAAUCCGAACAAAUGGGUUUUGUGGUGGAACGUAUGCAAUUUGGACAUCUAGGCAACACAGAGCUCAUCCCAAAUAGGGCUUUGGAGCGCCUAAAGUUAAUGGAGGACGAUAUUUACUUUGCAUUUACAGUGGCGUUUGUGCCACGUUUGUGGGCUCACUUAGAGGCUUAUAACGACUUUAUUCUAGCCUGGCACUCCUCGGGGAUGGAUAAGUUUUGGGAGUGGAAGAUCGCCGCCGAUUACAUGAGCGCCCAACGCCAAAAUCGGAUCGUUGCCUCGCAGAAGCUCACCUUGGAUAUUGGUCCCAUAAAACUGGGCAUUGAUAACUUCAUUGGCCUUAUUCUGCUUUGGUGCUUUGGCAUGAUUUGCAGUCUACUUACAUUUGUGGGGGAAAUAUGGCUAAGGCGCGAAAUAUUCAUAUAA